AUGAACGCUGCUUUUUUCGUUCCUUCAAGCCAUCAUCACCACCACCACCGUCCGUCGCACGCUCACCUGCACAAUAGGAGCAACAAUGCGGAACCCGACGCAGCAAAUACACUGGACAACAUACCGCCGACGCCUACCAAUAUGACGGAACCUGUUCCAGAGCGAGAUACUUGGACCAGUCGAUUAUCGGUUUCGGAGUCCAGGCUCAGCGCUAAUGGUCCACCGUUCUUUCGAGAAGCGACUGCUGCGGCAGGCUCAAACGUAGCUGCCGAGGUAGCAUCCAUUAACGCAGCUCCCACGCCAGUCCUAGAUAGCCGUGUGGUGCUUCGCGUAGGCGAGAAGCAAUUCUUCACCACGCGGGCCACGCUCGCCGAAAGUCAUCUCCUCACAGCGGUGCUCAGCACAGAUGCCACGCACGAUGGCGAGUACUUCCUCGAUGCCGACCCGGACAUGUUCAGCGAAGUGCUCCGAUUCUUGCGUAUGCGCCGCUUCCCGCUCUUUUACGAUCCGUCGUCGGGCUACGAUACGGCCAAGUACCUCGAGCUGCUUGUGGCGGCGCAGUUUUAUCAGAUCCCCACGCUGGAGAUGUGGCUGACGGAGAAGCGCUACCUGGGCGCGAUGAAUAUCAAAUCAGAGUACAAAAGAUUCAGACUUUUCGGAACCGAUCAAAUCUCGCGUAUGCAUGAGCUCUGCUGGGACAGGGAGGAACAGGGCCGCAUUCUGAGCAUCUCAGAGACCAAAGGCAAAGCCCAUGCAUGCCCGCAGAAGCUGUGGCGGCAUGACGGUGACCAGACAAAGUGCAUGAAGGCAAGAUGUUUUCAGCAGCGCUCAAGUGCGGUGCCUGGCCCGGUGAUGAUGCGACUGGUUGAUCUGACUGUUCUCGUGACAAGAUCCGACAUUCGCGAGGGCGUCUUGUCGGCAGGUUCAUAUCCUGACGGCCCGCCGCCAUAUCAAGGCGGAGAGGACGGAUGA